GUCCAAAAAAUCAGCAAGCAAUUCUCAGUCAGCACAGUGUUUGAUAAAAUACCAAGUAAAAAAUGGGUUGCAAACCAUCCAAGAGCCCUGGCAAAAUGGUGCUGUAUUAUGACAAAAGGAGCGCCCCUUGCCGCACUGUAAUGCUGACGGCCGCUGCACUUGACCUUAAACUCCAAUUGGAACACGUUGACUUGCAGAAGGGCGAACACAUGAAGCCAAAGUUCCUCGAUAUGAACCCACAACACUGCAUUCCAACGUUUAAAGAUGGAGACUUUAUUUUGUGGGAAAGCCGAGCAAUUGCACAGUACCUGAUGAACCAGUACGCUACCGACGACUCACUUUACCCGAAAGAUCCACGCCGCAGAGCUCUAGUGGAUGCCAGACUAAAUUUCGAUCAAGGCUUCCUUUACCAGCGCCUUUUGAACUAUUACGUGAAGCUUUUCUUCCAAAAGACGCACGACCAGGAACUGCUGGACAAGGUGAUUGAGGCAUUGGAGAUGCUGGACAAAUUCUUGGACGGCAAACUUUGGGCCGCCGGUGACACGAUGACCAUCGCUGACUUUGCUCUAGUUGCUUCUGUUUCCACCGCAGAGUUUUUUUCUGACAAAAUCAACCUGGAUAAAACGCCGCAUGUGGCCAAGUGGCUGGCCAGGUGCAAGGCCAACAUUAAGGGUUACGAGGAGCAUAACCAGGACGGAGUGAACGCUCUCAAAGAAGUAAUGUCGAAAAUGUCAACGGGUGGCAAUUUGGUCCUUUAUUACGACGAGCGGAGUUCGCCAUGCAGGACGGUGAUGCUGACGGCCGCCGCGCUCGGACUCAAGCCCGAAAUGAAACGCUUUGAUCUGCUGAAAAACGAGACCACUGCUGAUCCUGAAUUCCUCAAGAUCAACCCGCAGCAUUGCGUUCCAACUUUAAAAGACGGCAACUUUGUCCUUUGGGAAAGUCGGGCGAUUGCUCAGUACCUGGUGAACCAAUACGGCGCCAAUGACUCUUUGUACCCGAAGGAUCCAAAGAAAAGGGCACUGGUUGAUGCGAGGCUAUUCUUUGAUCUUGACCGCCUCUACCCCAAUCUCUCUCACUACUUCACAAAGCUGUUCUACCAAAAAACGCGAGACGAGGAAUUGCUGAAAAAGGGGCACGAGGCUCUUGAGCUGCUCAACACCUUCCUUGAGGGCAAUAUGUGGGUCGCAGGAGAUUCCAUGACAAUUGCUGACCUUUGCAUCAUCACCACAGUCUCCGCCACCGAGUUGUUGGAGGAGCUGAGCGUUGCCAAGUACGAAAACGUGACCAAGUGGUUGGAAAGGUGCAAGAGCACCAUCAAGGGUUACGCCGAGCAUAACCAGCCAGGCAUCGACGCGCUCAAAGACGCCAUGGCCAAGGGAAUUUGAAUAUCCAGACUACACCAUCAAAGAAAAUUUUUGUUAGAUUUAUUUUUCACGUGCAGAAAAUACACACACUGAUAACUGA